CCGCCCCUUCCCUCCAAUCGGUCGCCCCCAGCCCGACUUCCGCCCUCAGCUCCCAGCGUUCGCGUUUCCCCGCCGGUAGCGCCCCCGGCCGGGUGGGUCUCAGUGCGCCGGGGAAAGCCGUCCGGGAUCGCUGCGGCCGCGGCCGGGCCAGGGUUCCGGGCGGACCCCGCGGGCUCAGGAUGGGCCUAUGAGUCCUGUGACCUGGGAGCCACGGCUCCUCCCUGUGUGACCUGAGGAGAAGAGGGCUGAGUCCUGACUUGGCAGACCUGGAGGCCCCCCAGGAAGCUCCCUCAGCGAACGUCCAUGGGCCUGGGCCCCUGAGGACCUGCUUCCUCACCUUUGGGCCUGGGUUUCCUGACCCAUUAGCCUGGAAGAUGCAGAACUGCCUGAAAGACUUGGAGUGACCAGUGACCAGUGUCCGGUUCUGCUGUGUACAUGUGGAAAUCCGUGUAUGAGCAGGCAUUGAAGCAGCUGGAGUGGCCACAGCACAUGUGCCCAUCUGUGCAGACCCCACAGUUCCUACUCAGGGGAGGAGCCCAGGAAAGGGAGCUGUUUCCUCAGAUCCUCACUCGGGCUGCCUGUGGCCUCCCCCAGCCCCCCCUUUGAGGAUGGACCCAGCAGGUGCUGAUGGAGACCCCGCUGCUGGCAACCUCGCUGCCGAUGGCACAGCUGGUGACCCUGGAGGCAACCCUGUUGGUAGUGAGUACCAUUCUGUGGGCCAGGACCCGUUUCCGUUCCUGCAGGCCCUGCAGAAACUGUGGUCCACGCGGGAGCUGCAGCAGCUCCGGGAGGAGGCCUGGCGGGGCUUUGAUGCCCUGGACGAUCCGCGGACGGGACUCCUAGCCAUGCUGGAGAGCAGCCGGGGCUGGCAGCAGAAGGGCCCCUCCCUGGAGUCCUGGCUUACCUGUCAGCUGCAGCACUGGCUGCAGGCACAGCCACUCCCAGGGCCAGCCCAGUGCAGCUUGAAGCUGAAGCAGCUGCAGGCCCAUGCACUCAGGGUCCUUGCUGAGAGCCCCCCUGUGCUGGUGGAACCACUGGUGAGCAUCUUCCAGCUGCAGGAUGCAGACCAGAGCCCCCUGCUGACUCAUGUCCACCAGCUCCACCGGGAGGGCAAGUUCAAAGAAGCUGCUCUGCUGGGCAUGAAGCUGAAGCUACAGCCAGGACUUGAUGUUGAAAAGAUGAGCAUCCCGCUGCUUCUCCAGGACAAGGUGAACCUUGUGGAGCGUUACGUAGCUGGCUUCCCGGACCUGCAGAGGAGGCUGCUGGCCCUCCUGGACUCCUGGUGCCAGCCUGACUUUGACAUCAGAGUUGUUGCCAGGCAGCACCCGCAGGUGAUGUCCCCGAGGUUGGAGAGGCUGAGUCCCAGAGCGCUGAGUCAGCAGGUCCUGAGUCUGCUAGAACGGCAUGGCCUGGACCCAGCACUGUGCCCCAACGUUGUCACCCAGCGGCGCCUGGCCACUCUGCGCUACCUGUGCUAUAAGCGGCUUGUGGAGGGAAGCAUGUCCCAGGAGAACUGGACUGACCAUGUGCAGUGCCUGGUUGGGCAGGACGAGUGGCUGCAGGAGGAGCUGCUUCGGCUGCUGGCCUCUCCCGACAACAAGGCCGCAGCUGCCCAGUGUGCCCUGGACCUCUCACUGCCCGAGGAGCGGCUGUCGGCCCCUGUGGCUACAGAGCUCCGCCGGCUCAAGCUCCAGGAGCGGAGGGCCGAGGCACCUCUGGAAGACAGAAGGGAUGGUUACUACCAGCCGCCCAUCAGCAGGGAGGACAUCCACUUCCUGGCCUCUUGGGAGGACUUGGCCCGGCAUGAGGCGGAGCUCCUGCAGCCUGGCCAGGUGGUCGGUGUGGACCUGGAGUGGCGACCCUCGUUUGGCACAGGGGGCCGGCCCCAGGCAUCAAUCAUGCAGGUGGCGGUGGGGGGCCGUGUGUUCCUGCUGGACCUGCCUCUGCUCUCACAGCCAACAGGAGGCCAGGCGUCUCAGGCCUUCUGUAGGCUGGUGUCCCAGCUCCUCUCUGAUCCCUCCAUCACGAAGCUAGGUUAUGGGAUGGCAGGGGACCUUCGGAGCCUGGGUGCUUCCUGCCCCACCCUGGCUCAUGUGGAGAAGCAGCUGCGGGGCGGCCUAGACCUGCUGCAGGUGCAUAGGCAGAUGCGAAUAGCAGACAUGCCAGCUCUAGGUAGGGGUGAGGCCAGGGGUCUGCGAGGCCUCAGCCUCCUGGUGCAGCAGGUGCUGGGCCGGCCCCUGGACAAGGCACAGCAGCUCUCCAACUGGGAUCGGCGCCCGCUGAGUGAGGAGCAGCUGGUUUAUGCAGCUGCUGAUGCCUACUGCCUGCUGGAGGUGUACCAGACUCUGUGCAGAGAACCUGCCAGCUUCUCCCUGUCUGAAGACCUGGCCAAAAGCCUGAGGCCAGGACACAGCGAGAGGUCAGGGCCCCAGGAGCUGCCCCGCCUGCAGGUGGCCCCAGCCUUGGCCUGGCAGGAGCCUGCAGCCAAAGAGGACAUGGCCCCAGGAGUCCCAGCCAGGGCCUUCCGUGUGGUGUGCGACAACAUGCUGCAGGGACUAGCCCGGAGCCUGCGCUGUCUGGGCGUGGACGUGCUGGCACUGGGCACCGAUGAUGACCACCGCAGGGCGGCAGAGGUUGCCAGGCAGGAGGGAAGAAUCAUCUUGACAUCUGGGCUGCCGUACCACAAGCUCCGGGCCCAGGUCGGGGCUGGGCGCUGCCUCUCAGUGGACUGUUCCCUCAAGGCCCGGCAGCAGGCGAAGGCCGUGCUCAAGCAUUUCAACGUGUGUGUCACCCACGCAGACAUCUUCAGCCGUUGCCAGGCCUGUAACUGUGACCGGUACCUGAAGGUCUCCAAGGACAUGAUGAGGCAGCUGGUGCGGCUCGGCAGCCCCCAGGAAGAUGCCCACAGCACAGGUGACAAGGCUGACCCGAGUGAGGACUUACAGGAUGCAGGCGACACCCCCGACGAGGCCCCCAGAGGGGGCUACACCUCUCACCUGUCUUGCCGCUGGCUGGAGGCGGCCGACCUGCAAAGCCACGCGCCUGCCACCCUGGCCAACGGCACCCGGCUGCAACUGGCGAGGGUCCCGGAGGGCGUGCUGUGGCGGCCAGACUUGAGGCACUUCUACUGCUGCUCGGGCUGCGGCAAGGUCUUCUGGGAGGGCUCCCACCUGGGCCGCGUCACCUCGCACUUCAGCGAAGUCCUGAACAGUGCCGCCGGCUCCCAGAGGCAGCCCAAGCCCCCUGGCCCAGCCAGCGGCCCCCCAGCACAGCGCCCCAACCCCACUGGCCUGGUCCCCUGGGGUGGGCCGAGGCAGGACACCCUGACCUACACGGACCCAGUGCCCACCCCAGAGUGCUCCAGAUUGCCAGCAGGACCCCCCGCACAGAGCACAGCUCGGGGGGACACGGUCUGCCCAUAGUCAGGAUGCUCACACCCUGAGGAAGGUGGGAAGGACAUGCCUGGUAGAGGGCACUGCAUAAAGGCCCAGGUGUGGGACCCAAGUGGCUCCCCGUCCCCAGGACUCUGCAAGCUGCAGGAGGUGGGGGACACACAGGCCCCCUGCGCCGGUGGCCCACUCCCUUUGCUGUGAUAGCAGACGCACUCCCCACCCCACUAGCCCAUUCUGUUGGCCUCCCCAGGCCUCCCCUGCCUUCCCUUCCCCCAAGCAGGUCCCAGCCAGGCCAGCCUCAGGACCCUCCAGCUCCCCCUCCAGUCCCAGGGAUCCUGCUAGGCAGGCUCUUCAGGCCAGAUGUGGGGGGGCUUCCUGGGGUUAAGCCCCAGCCCCACCUGGUGCCUGAGGCAGGGCAGCCCCCCUUGUGGAAGACAUCCAUGUGUACUGGAAGGCCGGGGCCUGGAGGGAAGGCAGCGCCUCUGAGUCUGCGACCCUGGCCCCCCGCUGGCCGGAGCUUGACCCCACAGGCCUCCCCCGGCUCAAGGCUGGGUGGCCUCCUCUCCUGCAAGAGGGCAGCAGCUGAAGCCCCAAGGGGCCCCUGCACACAAGAGCCCCCUCCUCAGCUUCAGGAAGCAGCUGCUUUUCCACCCACCGGAGGGAAACUGAGGUGCUGGCACCCCAGGGCCCUGCAGGCCUCACUGCCAGGUGGGUGGGGAGAGGAGCCAGACUGCAUCUUGCCCUCGCUGCCUCCUCCUGGCUCACCCCCCAGGAAUGUGUGCUCCCCCCCUCCACAUCCCUUUCCUGUCCUUCCUGCCUUGAGCGGAAACCAGCUCAGAUUUGGCUGAGGAGCCCAGGCGGAAACCUCGGGGGCCGCUGGGGCUGGGGGCUAGAGCAGGGCCGCCGUCUGUGCCCCGAGUGGGUGCACCUGUGGGUACCAGGUACCAGGUGGCUCUGGCCAUGCCCCAGGCCAGGGUCAGGCCACAGGGUGUGCAUGCAAGGGCUCCUCCCGCAGGCCGCACAGACGUCCCACCAUCUUCCCUGUCCUCUGCUUCCCCGGAAGUGCCCACUGGGCUCCGGGGCAUGCCUGGGCUGGCUGCAGCUGGUGCCCCUGCUCAGAUGGAGAGGCCAGGAGGCCCCGGGGACAGGGCCAGGCUGAGUGGGCAUUGUGUCUGGGCCAAGUGUGCACGCUGGCCUUCUGGUCACUGCUGGGCUGUUGAGGUGAGUGGGUUGGCCAGGCCCCACCAGAGCCAGGCACCCUCUGUGGUCUGGGUGCUGCUUCCUAGAGCCAGAGCAGCACCGAAUCCUGUCCUAGGAGGCAGCCCAAGCUUGCUCCUCCCCAGGGGGCCAGGAGGAAACCCCCGGGGGUGCUGGCCCCCGCUGCCCACCCCCCUGCUUCCUGGAGACUCUGCCCUGAGGCCCUGGUGUCAAGGGCAGCUGGUCCUCAACAGAAAAAGGCCAGAGCAGGGGCAGCACGGGGAGACCAAGUGUCCUUCUUGCCCAGUACCCCUGCCCCGGGUGCCCCUCACGGCCUCGCCUGUACCAUCCCACCUGCCUUCCCCACCUCCCCAGCCCUCUGCCACCCAGCCUGGCUCCGCGGCCACCCUGGUCCUGACCAUCCGGGGUCAGGCCAGCAGCCUCUUAAGGCCCCACCCCAGGCCAGGGGUCAGGCACCGUGCUGGCAGGGUGGGCUGGGGCCCUGGUGCCAGGCGCUGCCCCGAGCAGCCGGUGGGGCAGGCCAGAGCUGCGCAGGGAUUGUCUGCCCCAGUUCCUGCCCUGGGCGUCCUUCCUCCGCUCUGGCCGAGGGCUGAGUGUUUGUUAUUUGAUCUCUAUCCUCUCGGCCCUUCUACCAGGUGUCUGGGCUGCUGGGAAGAAACACUCUCCUCUUUCCCACGCUCCCCGACACAUUUUAAUGAAUUAGCUGGAAGCCCCGCCCCCGCCCGUCCGCCCGCGCGCCCUCCCUCCCCCGCCUAGUGCUUAAGGGGGCCGCAGGCCCUGGCCCAGCUCCGGCCGCGGCCUCCCCUGCGGCCCUCCCCCGCCGCCAGGCUCUGCCAACGAGCUGCCGGCACCCACUGCUCCGGCUCCUCCCCCAAGGCCCUGCGGGCGGCACCCCUGCACCACAUCCUGGGAGCAGAUGCAGAGGACCGGCCUGCCUAUGGAGCCCGGGUUCAGGCGACCCCCACAUACCCGGGGUCAGGGCUUUCUCCCCCAGAGCCAGGGAAGCGCCUGCCUGUUUGUGGAAGUGAAGACAGCACUGAGAAAAGCUGCAGAUGCCCAAGGGGGUCGCUCGGCGCCCAGGCAGGGCCUGGCCAAUGGCAGGCUUCUCCCCCUCCCUCCAGGGCAUUUGGAACAAAUGUCCUCCUUUCUCGGAACAUCCCUUGGGCAAACAUUUAGGAGGCAGUGCCCUGCAAGCCCUUCUUCCCCUCCUGUCCUAGGAUGGGGCAGCCCCUAGGGAGUGGGCCAGAGCUGCUCAGAAUGCAUUGACUGCCCUGCCACGGAAUCCCAUCAGCCCCUAGGGACAGUGUGACCCUCACCUGAACUCCACAAUGGCAGGCCCAGCUGCACCUGUCUGACUCUCACCCCGAGCCCUGCGCGUGUGAGCCUCAGGCCAGACUCAUGGCCACUGUGGCCACGCCGCCCCGGCUGGGGACACCCAAACCACCGAUUUAAUGGCUUGCAGUGGCAGCCGCGCAUUCCCACACGCAGCUCACAGGGCCCCUUUGUUUGCCCUCCCUGACGCUGGCGCGGGUAUUCCUGGGACUUUGCUCCCAGGCUCUGCCUGGGCCCAACAGGGUCUCUGAGAUGCCCUUCUUCAGGUCAGGUGACCUGAGCCCACCUGGGCCGGGGCCUGGCUUUGAACGAGCCACCCUCGGGGGACCGCCUUGGGCAUGGCCAGAGCUGGUGCACGUUCCCAGCAUGCUGCCCCCAUGCCCAACCCUGUUCCAGGGAGAAGCAGACAGCAGGGUGGCAUGUGCUGCCUAGCGUCCCAGCCCUGCAGAGGGUCACAUGCUUACCACUCCGACGGUCACUGUCCAGAGGUUUCUGUGGGCCCCGGUGGACAGGGCCUGGCCCUCUUCCCUGGUGCUGGGGUGGUUGGGGGCCCCAGCUUCAAGGUGUCCACAGUCCAGCGGCACCUGUUCCCAGGCCCUCUUACUGGACCCAGGGACACUUCCUGGUAAGAGGAGUGUCCUGAUAGCAGCCCCCUCCCAGGUCACACCCACAGCUGGCCCUAGCGCAGGGCUCUGUGGGGCACUUCUGCGGGGGGAAGCCAGGCCUUGCAGAACUGCUGGACCACCAGCUGGACCACUGGCCUCAGGGAGACCAGCGAGUAGGACUCCGGGAGCUCUGGCUGCCAGGAGGGCCCUGGAGGGUCAGCUACGGUCAUGUCUCAGCUUGGCAGACUAGAGGCAGCCAGUCCUGGGUUGGCCUUGCCCAGUUUUUCCUGUGGUUUGGCUGUGACUCUUCUAGGGCACAGAGCAAGAUGGGGGUACCACUGCAUGUGUGCAGACACUCAUGGGCCCCCCCAGACAAGACCAAGCGGGUGGGCUCCCCAGAUAAGGCUCGCAACUGCCUCCUGGGACUGGAAACUGGUCUCCUCCUGCUGCCCAAGGCCUGCUGCUCCGAGACUCAUUCCUGCCCAAUUUCCAGACACCACAGCCCAGCUAUAAACUGUAAAACCCUAAUGAGGAAAUUUGGUGGCAGUAUUAGAGCAUCAAUAAAAUAUGGGUUUACAGUUUGAAAA